UGAUGAAGAAGCUGCUCCUGCUCAGCAAGUAAAUGAAGAUGAAGUGCAAGAUGAUGAAGAAGCAGAUGAUGAUGAUGAUGAUAUAAACUCCCAGGUUGCCGAUCCAGAUUACAUACCCGAAGAGUCACAGGGUGAAGAUGAUGAUGAUUGGUAUCUUGUGGAUCUUGAGGAAGAAGAAGCUGCUCCUGCUCAGCACGGAGAACAAGCACAUGAAGCAGCAGCUCAUCAAACAAAUGAAGAUUAAGCACAAGAUAAUGAAGAACCAGAGGAAGAUGAUGAUGAUGAACCAGAUUCACAGCUUGCAGAUCCGGAUUAUAUGCCUGAAGAAGAAGAAGAAGAAGAAGAAGAAGAAGAACAAGAUGAUGAUGAAGAAGAAGCUGCUCCUGCUCAGCAAGUAAAUGAAGAUGAAGUGCAAGAUGAUGAAGAAGUAGAGGAAGAUGAUGAUGAUGAUGACGAAGAAGAAGCUGCUCCUGCUCAGCAAGUAAAUGAAGAUGAAGUGCAAGAUGAUGAAGAAGCAAAUGAUGAUGAUGAUGAUGAUGAUGAUGAAAUAAACUCCCAGGUUGCCGAUCUAGAUUACAUACCCGAAGAGUCACAGGGUGAAGAUGAUGAUGAUUGGUAUCUUGUGGAUCUUGAGGAAGAAGAAGCUGCUCCUGCUCAGCACGGAGAACAAGCAUAUGAAGCAGCAGCUCAUCAAGCAAAUGAAGAUGAAGCACAAGAUAAUGAAGAAGCAGAGGAAGAUGAUGAUGAUGAUGAUGAUGAAGCAGAUUCACAGCUUGCCAAUCCGGAUUAUAUGCCUGAAGAAGAAGAAGAACAAGAUGAUGAUGAAGAAGAAGCUGCUCCUGCUCAGCAAGUAAAUGAAGAUGAAGUGCAAGAUGAUGAAGAAGCAUAGGAAGAUGAUGAUGAUGAUGAUGAUGCCGAAGAAGCUGCUCCUGCUCAGCAAGUAAAUG